AUGCUUUCUUUAAAACCAAGAGUGCUUUAUUUGACACAACGUUCCUUAAGUUAUACUUCACGCCGUUUAGCAUCCAAUACUGUUUUGAAUUUUGUUCCUCAGCAAGAAGCGUGGGUUAUUGAAAGGAUGGGACGUUAUUUAAAGACACUCCAACCUGGUUUAAAUAUUCUUUUGCCAAUUAUUGAUAGCGUUAAAUAUGUCCAACCAUUAAAAGAAAUUGCUAUGGAAAUUCCUGAGCAGAGUGCUAUUACUUUAGAUAAUGUUCAACUUACACUAGACGGAGUUCUUUAUGUUAGAAUUAUUGACCCUUAUAAAGCCUCUUAUGGCGUAGAAGACCCCGAAUUUGCUGUAAAACAAUUGGCACAGACAACAAUGAGAUCUGAAGUUGGAAAAAUUAUUUUGGACACAGUUUUUAAAGAACGUGAAGUUUUGAAUAUUGCAAUCGUUGAAGCAAUAAAUAAAGCAGCAGAGCCUUGGGGAAUUGUUUGUUUGCGUUAUGAAAUUCGAGAUAUGAAAAUGCCUCAAAAAAUUCAAGAAGCGAUGCAAAUGCAAGUAGAAGCUGAAAGGAAGAAACGAGCAGCAAUUCUUGAAUCAGAAGGACAUAGAGAUGCAGCUAUUAAUAUUGCUGAAGGGGAAAAACAAGCUUGCAUUUUAGCUUCUGAGGCCAAAAUGCAAGAGCAAAUCAAUGCUGCUAAUGGAGUUGCCAAAGCCAUACUUUUAGAGGCAGAGGCUCGUCAAAAAGCACUUAAUCACAUUUCAAAAGCUCUUAAUGAAGAAAAAGGCCGAGAUGCUGCUAAUUUAUUAGUUGCCGAAAAGUCUGUAAAAGCUUUUGAGAAAUUGGCAAAAGAAAAUAAUACUUUAAUUAUGCCUGCUGAUUUAAGUCCAAUAAAUUCUUUACUUAUUCAGGCAAUGUCUGUUUAUAAACAACUUUCUGACAAUCCACAAUCUUCAAAUGUUGAAAUUAAACAGAAAAAAUAG